CCUGCACCAUGAUUGAGCAACAGCAGUCCUUUCUCGCGUUAGUUAGCUAAGAACCAGCUGUGACAUAGCCUGUUUUAUCACUUUUGCAUUCUUCAGACAAUUCUUUUUUGGACUAGUUGCCUGGGUUUCCUGCUUUGCCGUUUUGCUUUCUUGAUAUUAACAGGAAACAGGAAACUGACCUUUUUGUUUGUAUCAUAAAAUUCCCUUGAAAGCACUUUCACCAUUUCAUUUUUUACGUUUGCGAAAACUUUGGGUUCUUUCGUACAAGUCUUUUUCUUGGAUUCUAGAGAAUAGUUUUAAUCGUAUUCUUCAAGCUUUUUCAAUAUGUCAGGUGUUGCUCCAUCUAGAGAAUAUUUAAAUGAAAACGUUACACCCGUGCUCCUUGAGGGAAUGAAAAUGCUUGCUCGCGAUCGGCCAGAAAAUCCUCUUCAAGUGUUGGGCCAAUUUCUACUAAAUGCUAGUCAGAAUCGACAACAACAAAAGCAACCUGAGCCGACGUUUCCCGAAUCCCAACCACAAUUACAAUCCCAAAAUAUGGAUCAAAUUUCUCAGACAACAGAUUCGAAUCCCCAACUUCGUUCAAUGAUAGAUGCUUCUCAGCAUAUAUCACAGACUUCUGCUCCAGAUGCAUCGAAUGGACCUUAAAUGCUGUCUUCCUUUGUCCUCCUUGCUAAUCUGAUACGAUUGAGGGAGUUCCCUCACGGAAUGCUAGGCUGUCUUGGGCUUUCCAAUGAAUCCGUUGGAUGCGGGACAUAGAAACAUGACCCAAGAGAGUUUAUAUUAAAGCGUGAAACAUUCGUUCGGAUACCUUGAGUACGUUUCCAUCUCCUUUUUUGACAUGUUCCAAACUUAAAGAACACGUGAAUGAACUUCCUUUUUGUGGGGCUGCAUAUCGAAUAUAGAAAUUGGGAAUGGUAUAAGUCUAAAGAACCCGUGUGAAUGCAUAUGAAAUUUGCAUACAGGAUGGUCUUCAACCCGAAUGGAAAUGAAGCAUUAUCGCUUCAAAAAUAGAAUAGAUAGAAAACCUUUCAAUACGUUUCAGUUGGGUUCCAACACCGAGUUACUUGGUUUUCAUUCUCAAAAGCAAGCUCAUCCUGAAAACAAGCACAACCUAAAAUUUCCCUGAUGGCUUCUAUAUCUUCGGUAAAGGAAUCCGGCAACGAUACAAUAUGGAAAUACGGUUUUCUGUUUAUUUUUUUAUAUUUAUUUAAUUUUUACAAUUUACAGACCAAUGUUUUUGAGCAUUUAUGCUCCAGCUUACUGACACUUAUGUAUUACCUAUUCCUGUUCUACCAAGCCAGUAGUAGAGAAUGAGCCAGACGAAGCACGUUUCAUCAUCUUCCUUUUCUCUUAUGUAAAACAAUGCACUUUCAACUACAUUUUAUAGCGACACUGCUUUACUUUCCUCCACUCUCUACGUAGAUCACUCACCAAAACUCUGAGCGUAUUGUUGUCCAUAACCUAUAACCCAAGUUACAAAAUCCAAAAUUCGAGAAAAUCACUUCGCAACCUCACG